UUAGGAACGCCAUUGCCGAAUCCGGCUCAAUGCUUGCUGAUUGGGCUGUAGACCGUAAUUCAACUAAACACGGAUAUGUCAUAGCAGAAUUGGCUGGAUGUCCACUUGAGCCAUAUGCUGACCUACUACACUGUCUGCGAAGCGUUGACGUCAAAACCCUACGCGACGCUCAAUAUUAUUUCUCGACUAACGACACUUUAAACGGCGGGUUGGGUUUUGGAGGACAAUCUCCUAUAAUUCAGACCGCCGGAAAAGUUCGUUAUUUGACAGACGAGCCAAGAAAGUUGAUCGAAAGUGGGAAUUACCACACGGAAGCUCAUUUAAUGUUUGGCGCUAAUGAAGGUGAAGGUAUCAUGGCUUUAGACAUGACGCUGAACUUGUACAUCCGACCGAACGAUCUUGAAAAUGACACGAAUUUUUGGAAAUAUGACGCCGUGAGAGUUGUUAUGGGAGCUUUGGGUAUCCGCGACGACACCGGAGCUUUGUCAGAUGCUCUGACCACCAAAUAUCUCGGAUAUGCCGUUGAUUCUUGUCAGAUGGGAAAUUUCACCGUCAUGAUUCCAGGACUAGUUGAUAUUGCAGGUACCUUGUUCUUGAAAGCCGGGGGUUGGCAAACUGUAUUGCUGCAUACCAAAUAUAAUCCUCACGCUUAUUGGUACUCGUUUGACUUUCUCGGUAAAGUUAGCUUGAUUGGAGCCGAUGAAAUCCUUCCCCGUGGUGUGAUGCACGCUGACGAAAUCAUGUACCUAUUCACCAUGCCCAUUCCUCACAACGAAACCGAAAAAGAGCUUGGUAAAAAAAUGAUUGAAGUGUGGACCACUUUCGCCACUUAUGGCGACCCGACGCCUGCUGGAGUGCCUAUGAGAGAAGGUAUUCCGCAUUGGCCUCCAUACACCCAUGAGAAGAAAGAAUUUAUGGCAAUCAAUAAAUAUUGGAGCGUUAAAAACGACUACACUUUGUAUUACACGGUAACGGUGGACAAGGCGGGACCGAGAAUUGUUAGUCCAGAAACCAAGCAAGAAUGUGCAAGCGCAUAUUGGGAAUCUAAGAAAAAACGUCACAACACCAAAGCUUGAAGUGCUGACAAACAACAUAAACAACCAAACAUUAAGUGCGCGAAUACUAGAUUUCUAUCCGCUGUCUGCUUUCACCCUGAUAUCUGAAUGAUUCA